CGGCAAAUGGUUUUUAUAAAAGCUUGGCUUCGGUGCGGAGACUAUGCAGUAGACUUUAGCAAUGAAGUGUUCUCCCAAAUCCUGUUGAGAGGUUGCAGACAACAUGGAAGAAGAGAAAUCAUGCCAUCCUAUUCCUCCUCUUCACAAUGCCAACUCUGAUGUAGCAAGAUCGUUGAGAGAUAUACCACCAGCUCACUACACUCUUAAGAUUGAGUCAUUCUCAGAACUCGCACAGUUAUUGUUGGAUGCUGAAGUGCAGAAUUAUGAAUCAGAUAUUUUUGAAGCCGGUGGCUACAAAUGGAAAUUGUGUCUCCACCCAAAUGGUGAUAAAGAAAGAAAUGGGGAAGGACACAUCUCUCUGUACUUGGUAAUCGCUGAGACUAGUGAGUUACCUCUUGGUUGGGAGGUCAAUGUAAACUUUAAAUUGUUUGUGUAUGAUCAGAUUCAAGACAAGUACAUGACCAUCCAAGAUGCCAAUGGGAAGGUUAGACGCUUUCAUAGGAUGAAAACCAAGUGGGGUUUUGCCCAAUUACUCCCACUUGGUACUUUUAAUGAUGCUGCUAAUGGAUACCUCAUCCAUGACACUUGCGUGUUUGGGGCUGAAGUUCUUGUUAUAAAUUAUAAUGGCAGAGGAGAGUGUGUAACUGUAUUGAAGGGACUUGACAAUACUUACACUUGGAAGAUUGAUAACUUCUCAUCUCUAGAUGGCAAAACUCAUUAUUCUAAAGUCUUCACGAUUGGAAAUCGGAAGUGGAAGUUACAGCUCCAUCCCAAAGGAGAUUCAAGGGCAAAGGACAAAUGCUUGUCCGUCUUUUUGUCGUUAGAUGAUUGGGUAACAUUUCCUUUUGAUCGAAAAACAUAUGCAAAAUACAAGCUGCUCAUAAGGAACCAAUAUCACGGCCAACAUGUUGAAAUUACAGGUACAAAAUGCUUCUUUGCUCCAACCUUCGGCUGGGGCCGCAGUUCAGUUUUGUCGUUAACUGACCUCCAUGAUGCUUCUAAGGGAUUCCUUGUGAAGGAUACUUUAAUUGUUGAGGCCGAAGUUAGUGUCUUAUCCACGUUGAAGAAUUUCUCAAGAGUAAAUAUAGCUUAGGCUUUUAUCUUAGUAAUACAAGGAUGUGAGUGAGCUUGUCCUGUUAAUCUGCUUUUAUCAUCUUGUGGACCAACUUAUGAGCUAGAAUCUUGUAUACAAUUUCAGACUUCUUGUUAUGAGUGAAUUUUAUGUCUCUGAUUUUUGCCGUGGAAUAGUACUUCUAGCUUACGAAUCAAAAUUGGUAUUGAAAAAAAGAAAAGAAAAAAAAGAUGGUGAUAUUAUGUAGUUUAUGUAUCAAGUAUCGCAAUAUUAGUGGUUAUUUCUUUUGCAGAAA